CGACAAAAAAGCUCAAACAUUUUUAGUGCAAUUGUCAACGUGAAGCAAACAAGACGUGUAAGCUUUGCUUAGCCGAGUGUUAAUAAAGUUCAAACUAAAGCGAGACGCGUAUUUUAAUGUGGAACAGUAUGCAAAUCGAAUAACAAUUAUAUUAGAAAAGUCUAAAAGAGUUGACAACAAUAAACAGCUGAACGUAUAGCAAACGAGACGUAGGCAAAAAAAAUUAACUGUGUGGCAAUCACGCAAGAAGACGAAGUAGAGUAACUCAAUCGAAUUCUAAAGGCCAGCAGGCAACAAGUAUCGACAAAAUGUGGAACCAAACGGCAACAGCAGCAACAAGUGAUAAUAACAAGGAAAAGGAAGCAGUGGAAGAUUGUAGCUGUGCUGGUGGUAAUAGUGUUGCCAGCACCAUCAGUCCUGCCAGUGUUGAGCAGCAGCAAAAAUCAGCGAUUGAAAGUAACAGUAAACAAUCGAAAUCAGCAGCAGUAACAACAACAGCAACAACUACAUUUGGCGGCAUAACUAACGAGAAGAGCAGCGAGCAGCAACAACAACAACAGCAACAAAGUAGCAGCAACGCCGCCAUUAAUAAGCAAAAAGAAUUUGCAGAACAAAGCGAAACAACUGAUUCUGGUUUCAUCUCUGGCCCGCAAUCAACGCAAUUAUUUAGCGGGGAAAUAUCCGAUGAAUACGACGAGCCGCAGGAGCAUAAGAAGCAUUUCGAACAGGACAAGGAAAAUCAAGCGGAUCAAAAGCAACAAGAACAACAACAAGACAAACAAGCUACGGUGUCCGAUUCGGGAUUUAUUACAGGAGAGGUUGAGAUAGAGGAGGAGGAGGAGACUAAAGCUAGCACCGAAGAUUCGGCUGCCAACCAAAUGCGCGUUGAACACACUGUCGCUUUGGGUGGGGAAUGGUCCGUUCAAGCGAAUUUAGCCAGCGGCGGCGUCAACAAUCUCAAUAAAAUAACAGCAACUGCCAAUAAUCCUCCACAAAAAAAUGCCCCACAAAACAGCAAUAGUGCAACAACAACAACAAAACCAGCAACAAAUGCACAAUUAAAUAGCAGCAACAUUAACAUCAUGAACGCCUGGGAACAAUUCUAUCAACAAAACGACGAUGGCGACACUCCAUUGCAUUUGGCCUGUAUAUCGGGCUAUGUGGAUGUUGUAGCUGCACUGAUACGUAUGGCACCGCAUCCAUGCCUCUUGAAUAUCCAGAACGAUGUGGCACAGACUCCACUUCAUCUAGCUGCACUUACCGCACAACCAACAAUUAUCCGCAUGCUUCUUUUGGCCGGCGCUGAGCCUACUGUGCGUGAUCGUCAUGGCAAUACGGCUCUACAUUUGUCCUGUAUUGCCGGAGAGAAGCAAUGUGUUCAUGCCCUUACCGUUAAAUUUGGCGCCUCGGAGAUUCAUGAGGCACAUCGUCAAUAUGGACAUCGCUCGAAUGAUAAGGAAGUCAGUUCAUUGAGCUAUGCCCGCUUGCCUGCCGAUCUGGAGAUACGCAACUAUGAUGGUGAACGCUGUGUACAUUUGGCCGCUGAAGGUGGGCACAUUGACAUUUUGCGCAUUUUGGUAUCACAUGGAGCCGACAUUAAUGCCCGGGAGGGCAAAGGUGGACGCACACCACUGCAUAUUGCUAUCGAGUGUUGCAACGAGGAUUUGGCCAAUUUUCUGCUGGAUGAAUGCGAGAAAUUGAACCUGGAAACAGCCACAUAUGCCGGACUAACGGCAUAUCAGGUGGCAAGCGUAUUGAAUAAGUCGCGCAUGCAGAACAUACUCAAGAAUCGGGGCGCUGAGACAUUAACGCCGCCCGAUAGUGAUUAUGACAGUAGCGAUAUUGAAGAUCUUGACGAUACGAAGAUAUACGAUCGCUUUGGUGAUCCACGUUACUUUGCCAGCUACAGUGGUGGCAAUCCGAUGACAGUGGCCUAAAAAAACUAUGCUCCCACUUUUGACAAAACAAUGUAUUGAACAACACGUAUAAUUCCAAUAACAUUUACUGUUGCUGAAAUCCCAUAUUGCGAUAUUUUGACACACGUUCCACACGAAGAUGAACAAACAAACAAUUAUCUAAGAGAAUGCAACCGAAGUAAACAUGUAAUUUGCAACAAUUGAAGAAGACGUAUGUUUAUUAAUAUUAUAUGUAUAUAUUAAUGUCAACCCUGUCGAAUCAUUGGGAAACAGAAUAAAGCAUAAGGUUGCAGUACGGCAAGCAUUUUAUUA